UUAAUAAAUAAAUCGCAGAGCUGAGAGUCAAAGCGCUAGUCUUAAAAACGUCGACGAGAGAGACGAUCGCAUAAUAGAUCGCCGUAGAAAAUCCUAGCGAAAGAAGGAAAAAAAAACCCAUCGAUCUCGGAAAAAGAUGAGUGAGGAAGAAGGGAAAAGCCGAGGAAUCGGCAGCGAUCCUCAGCACCACCACUACGGAACGUUUCAAGGCCCGCCGCCAAGCUAUCCUCAGCCAGCGAUCGGAUUCCCUCAGCCGAUUCCUCCGCCCGGAGCUGUCGCAUCCGCUCCUCCUUACCAUUAUCAUCAAGGAUAUCAAGCUGUUCCAGGUUAUGCGGCAGUUGCUGAAGGAAGACCUGUAAGAGAGCGUCGCCUUCCCUGCUGUGGUAUUGGUCUUGGCUGGUUUCUGUUCAUCAUUGGUUUCUUUCUUGCUGCUAUACCGUGGUAUGUCGGAGCUUUAAUUAUCCUUUGCUCCAGAGUAGAUUACCGAGAGAAACCAGGGUUUGUUGCAUGCACAAUCGCUUUCCAUCAGUAUCAGGUGGUUGGGAGAGCUCUCCCUUCGGCGACCGAUGAGCAUCCGAAGAUUUACCGGAUGAAACUGUGGGCCACGAAUGAGGUUCGCGCGAAAUCCAAGUUCUGGUACUUUCUGAGGAAACUCAAGAAGGUUAAAAAGAGUAAUGGGCAAGUGCUUGCCAUCAAUGAGAUUUUUGAGAGGAAUCCUACCACUGUCGAGAACUAUGGAAUUUGGUUGCGGUACCAGAGCAGAACUGGUUACCACAAUAUGUACAAGGAAUACCGGGACACCACUCUUAAUGGUGCCGUUGAGCAGAUGUAUGACGAGAUGGCUUCUCGCCAUAGGGUAAGGUCUCCUUGCAUUCAGAUCAUCAAGACAGCUACCAUACCUGACACGCUUUGCAAGAGAGAGAAUACCAAGCAAUUUCAUGAUUCCAAAAUCAAGUUCCCGUUGGUGUUCAAGAAGGUUAGGCCACCAACUAGGAAGCUUAAGACAACAUUCAAGGCAUCGAGGCCUAAUUUGUUCAUGUAAUUCUGAUCAAUGAUGUCUACGACUUUGUGUUGCCAGAUCAGAUUCGUUGAAACUAUUAGAAAGUUGAGAUGCUUCCAAGUUAUUUGGGAUUUUGGUCUCUAUGGCAUAAGCUUUUCUUUAUUGGUUUUUAUAUUUUAGAAAUUUUAAGUGUGGUUUAAGACAUGAUGGUGAAGGAUAUUAACUUGUUUUUUA